AUGACAGAAUUUUAUCGAUUUGUUCCCUCAAUUUUUAUUGCAUUUUUAAUAAUCCUCCCUUCACAGUCCCAAUUUCUAAUAAAAGGGAAAGUGAAAAAGAGAAAUACAGUCAUACAAUUUGAAAAUAACAUUUCAUCUACAUGUCACAACGAUUCAGUUUUGGAUAACGUUGAAUCUGUAAAGCGGAUUGUGGAUUCAUCUCGAUUUAUAUUUACGGGCAAAAUUUCACAAGUGCAAACAAGGAUGUAUGGAAUCGAACGAUCGAAAAGGACUGUUUUCAAAGUGCUCAUACGACGAGUUUUAAAAGGUGACUUAAGUGUGCUUAGUGAUUUGUUAAAUUUUGAAACGAGGACGGGCAAUUCGACUAGAUCGUACGUGUUUGCUGAAGGGGGUGGCACGAGGGGAUUGUGUGUGUCUCAUGGUUGGGCGGCGAUAUUGUUUGGGGACAGAGCGUAUUCACCGCUAAGGCUUUUAGUUGAUCCUGUACCUUUGACACUUGAUAGGGUACGGAGAGUAAGAUCUGCUGUUCAAGGUAAAUAA